AUGCAUUUGAAGGGCUUGCUGUGGGGCUGCCGGGCAAUGACCUUGAGCCACUUCAGCUGUCAGUGCUCAGUCCAAUGUCAGCUUCAUUCCCCGAUCCCUGCGGCUCACGGUGGGAAGCCCGGCCUCGCCUACGCGGUGCCCGGGCUCCAGUGCGGCCGGACGUGGACCCGGGAGCCUGGCGUCGCCGACGGGGCGGGGCCGGGGCGGGCCGGGGGCGGGGCCUGCGCCGGCACCGGGUCUGCCGGGCGCUGGGCCAGCCGCGUAAACAUCGCUGGAGCGGUGCGGCGCGGCGUAGCAGGUGAGCCGGCUGGAAGGGGCGCACGGGUGGGGGCCCGAUCGCCCGCCGCUCGAGGGGCGCGAGGUGGACCUGCACUCCGCAGGCGGGGCCCUGCCCUCCGCACGCCCCUCGCCCCGGCGGGUCGCGGCCUCGGGGCGGUUCCGGGGCUGCGGCCCCAGCGGCUGGGGAGGGGAGGGCGCCGGGACCGCUGCGUUGGGGGCCGGCCCGGAACUGGCCAGUGGAAGGAGCGCAGGGAGCCGCUCCAGGCCUCGGGCCUUCAGCCGGGUCGGGUUCUCCCCGCCGCCGGAGCCCCCGCCGGAGUGGGCGCGGUGCGAUCUGUUAAAGGGCCGGGACAUUUAAAGGAGCAGCGCACGUGGGUCUCAAAGGCGUGCGGACGCGGCACUGUGUUCCUCCCUCCUGACUGGCACCUGAUGGGCGCCCAGUCCUGCCGGCCUGCGACACGCGGCCCCGGGUUCUGCCUGGCAGUGGCAGGAGGGGAGGCGGAGGUCUUUCCCCCGGCGUGA